UCAUCAGUCCGCGUCGGGCGGGCCUUCCAUGGUUCAGAUCAUUUGUGAAGUUGGGGCCACGGCGUGACCUGCGGAGGGGCGUGAUGGGAGAGGCGGCCGUGGCCGCAGGGCCUUGUCCUCUGCGGGAGGAUAGUUUCACACGCUUCUCGUCGCAGAGCAAUGUGUACGGGCUAGCAGGCGGCGCCGAUGGGCGCGGGGAGCUGCUGGCCGCCACUCUUAAAGGCAAAGUGCUCGGCUUCCGCUACCAAGACCUCCGGCAGAAAAUCAGGCUCGUAGCCAAGGAGCUGCAGUUCAACUACAUCCCCGUGGAUGCAGAAAUUGUCUCCAUCGACACCUUCAACAAGUCACCCCCAAAGCGAGGCCUGGUAGUAGGGAUCACGUUCAUCAAGGAUUCAGGGGACAAGGGCAGCCCCUUCCUUAACAUUUACUGUGACUACGAGCCUGGCUCUGAGUACAACCUGGACUCCAUUGCCCAGAGCUGCCUGAACCUGGAGCUCCAGUUCACGCCUUUCCAGCUGUGCCAUGCCGAGGUCCAGGCUGGGGAUCAGCUGGAGACCGUGUUUCUCCUGAGCGGGAAUGACCUGGCCAUUCACCUGUACAAGGAGAAUGAGGGGCUGCAUCAGUUUGAGGAGCAGCCCGUGGAAAACCUCUUCCCAGAGCUCACGAACCUGAGCAGCAGUGUCCUCUGGCUGGACGUCCGCAACCUCCCCGGCACGCCGCGCCGUCUCUCAGCCCUUGGCUGUCAGAAUGGUUACGUCCGCGUUGCGCACGUGGACCAGCAGAGCCGAGAGGUUUUGCAGACCUGGACAGUCCUGCAGGACGGACCCAUCUCCCGCGUGAUCGUGUUCAGCCUUGCGGCGCCCGAGCAGGCCGGGGACAGGCCCCAGCAGGAGGAGUACAGCGUGCUCGUGGCCAGCAUGGUGGAGCCAGCUGUGGUGUACCGGCACCUGCUGAACCGAGGCCUUGAGGACCAACUUCUCCUGCCCGGCAGUGACCAAUUUGACAGCAUUCUGUGCGGCCUGGUCACCGAUGUGGACCUGGACGGACGGCCAGAAGUCCUAGUGGCCACCUAUGGCCAGGAGCUGCUCUGCUAUAAGUACUGCGGCCCGGAGUCGGGACGCGCAGAGGCGGAGCAUGGCUUCCGCCUGCUGUGGCAGCGGAGCUUCUCGAGCCCCCUCCUGGCCAUGGCGCACGUGGACCUGACCGGGGACGGGCUGCAGGAGCUGGCUGUGGUCUCCCUGAAGGGGGUGCACAUCCUGCAGCACAGCCUGAGCCAGGCCUCUGAGCUGGUCCUCACCCGGCUUCAGCGUCAAGUGGAACACAAGCGACGGCAGUCACAGGGACCCGGGGACCGGCUGGGUCCGGGGCCUGCCGAGACCACAGCCUCCUGAGCACUUGCCCACCAGUCUGCGUGGGCCUGGGUGGUUCAUUGGUGGGGAUCGAUGUCCCUGAGAGGGGGGCUCUCCCAGGGCCCCCCACUGCGGCCCUGCUAACUCACUCCUCUUUCUCUGCCUCCGUGCCCCUAUUUCCAAAUGAGGUGAUCCCACCCAGCCCCCUCCAUCCCAGGGAGUGUUGGUCGGAUGACAAUUAUUUGUGUCCACAGAACGGACCAUCCCA